AUGAAGACUAAGGAUGCGGAUUUUGUGGGUGAUACGCGAUGGGGUGAAGCUCCACCAGCCAAAGAGCAGGCAGCUGCUAUACCAGCCAAGAAGAAGACACCAGUGCAAGAGAAGAAGGUUUUGAGUUCGGCGGCGACGGCGCUGCAGACGGCGAUCGCACCGGUCGACCAACCGCAGUCACCAACAGCUAAGCAGUCGCAGUUGACACCAAAAGAACCCCAGCAGCCAACGACCGAGACUCGGCCAUCGACACCCUCUGGGCAGCCCGGAGCAGCCUUGGGGGGACCAGCCGGUCGGGCCCCUAAGCGGACUUCUCCAAAGUCAACAACACUUCCGUCUGCGCCUGUGCAAAAGGCGCGCUCCGACCGGCCGCCGCGGUACUCUCCGGAUCUACUAGGGUCUUCGCCUUCGCCUCCGUCUACGCCUGCGUCUCCCGCGGGUUCCGGCCUUGAUGAGAGCGUCACGCGACAGUCACACCAGCGGCGGAAAUCGCCAGAUUUGCCAGUAUUGGCGCCUGCGCCUUCCCCGACUUCCGGUUUUGGGAAGUAUUCAGUGCCAGAUCUCUUUCAAGAUGAAGAUCCCUCCUUUGACCUUCCAGCAUCAGGAACGUCCUCGCCUGCAUCUUCCUCGUUUCCCCCGUCUUCCGGCAGUGUUGAGACCCCUACACGAAAGCCAGCAGGCGAUCAGACCGGGAAGCCACCACCAUCAAAGAUGCCUAAGCUCACGCUCAAGGGUCCUAAAUCUAAGGAUAAGACCGAGCACCCUUCUCUCCCCUUACCCGCCACCUUUGAUAGUCCUCUCCGCGAUUUCUACUCACGGUUGGUUACCAUGAAAGUCAUUCUGGAAUAG